UUGUUUUUCUUUUAGUUUUUUUUUCUGUUUGGAAUCGUUUCUGUCGGAUGAACAUAAAAUUUAAUCCCAUUUAAUUUAGUUUCAAUCAUUGGUUGUAGAACAAAUGUUGGCGCUGAUUACCUGAUUAACUGGAAUUUAUCUCGACUCACAAUUAAUCGCGAGUUCACCUUUUGUUUUUUGCAUUCACCUUCAUAGUGUCGUCCAAGUGUUACAUCGAUGACAAUGUUUACCUUUCCAAUUCAUUUAAACAUUAUAAAAAAAUACGAGCUGAGAUAAAUUCUAUUAUAUAUUGCUGAUUAAUUGUUUGAAAAUCACAAUCACAAUUUAGAAAAAAAUUGACAAUUGAUUCAAUUCAAAUUUCGCGUCGCUGGAUUACCAUUGGUUACAUUAUAUUUCCACCUUGCGGCUCAUCUGGAUUUUUCCAAAUUUCUUUAAUUUAAUUUCCUCAAUCAAUUGCUAAUUGAAAUCACCAAAUUGCUAAUCUUUUUAUUUUAAUUUUGGAUUACAAAAAUCUUCAUACAGCGAUGUCAACAACAGUAAAUAGUAACGAUCCUAGAAGACCUGAUAAAAUAGUCAAAUACAAACCAAGUAUUCACAGUCCCUUGAAUAAUGGUGGUGAAGAUCCAACCCCUGAUUAUAUGAAUGUUUUAUCAAUGAUCUUCAGUAUGUUUGGAUUAAUGAUGAAAUUAAAAUGGUGCUCAUGGAUCGCUCUGUUUUGUUCAAGCAUCAGCUUUGCUAAUUCUCGGGUUAACGAUGAUACCAAACAGAUAUUAAGUAGCUUCAUGUUAUCUAUCUCAGCUGUUGUAAUGUCUUAUGUUCAAAAUUCCCAACCAAUGACAUUACCGUUUAUGUGAUUAUUGGCCUCAAUCCUGAUGUACAAAGAUGUAGCCACGCGAUUAUAUGAAUUCAUUGAAAGAUAAUUUUUUCCAACCUUUCAUUUCAAAUACAAAUUUUAUUACUCUGUAAGUUUCAUUGAAUUAAGGAAAUUAACUUGUUACUAUAGUCUGUUUUUCAUCCAUCAAUCAAGAAUUGAAAUUGGAAAUCAUUCACUGAUUCUGUUAAUUAUGUACAUCAGCGUCUUCAAGCUACGAAGUAAUUUAAAAGUUGAUUUCUGAUUUUUUCAAUUCUGAUUCGUUUAAUUAAAACGGAUAACUAGGGUCAACUUUUGUGGUUGUCCCAAUAGAGAUGAUCAUUUUAAGGUGUAUAUUUUAAUUACUCUGCAUUUCAAAUUGAUCAUUAAUUUACAAAGAAUGAUUUCAAAAUUCAAUCGAUUCCAUCAAGGGUGAAACAGGAGAAACUUAAGUCAACAAUAUCAACAAAGGAUUUUGCCAAAUGUAUAAUUUGUGAAUCA